GGCCCGGGAGGAACUUUCGUCCUUCCAGCCACACGCCGGUUAGGCAGCGGGGCCGGGACUUUUCACCAGUGUGCCCAGGAGUUGGUUGUUGGAGCAGCCUCUGCCGUCGGGCUGGUGCGCGUAGGGGGCUCCCGCUGAUCUCUUCGGGUUCUUUUCCGCCGCGCGUGGGACGGCGAUGAAGCUCAGCCGGCAGUUCACGAUAUUUGGCGGCGCGAUCUUCUGCGUGGUGAUCUUCUCGCUCUACCUGAUGCUGGAUCGGGGCCACUUGGACCACCCCAAGAACCACCGCCGGGAAGGCUCCUUCCCGCAGGGUCAGCUUUCGAUACUGCAAGAGAAAAUAGACCACUUGGAACGGUUGCUGGCAGAAAAUAAUGAAAUUAUUUCAAACAUUAGAGAUUCUGUGAUCAAUCUGAGUGAAUCUGUCAAAGAUGGACAACAUAGUCCAGAAGUGAUAAACUUCAAUCAAGGAAAUUUUUCAGAAGUAUUGCCUCUUGCCACUGCAUAUCUUUCAGUUGAGCCUGAAGAUUGUCAGUUUGCUUCAAAAAUUGGAAGCCAAGCUUCAGAUGUUCAAAUGCUGAAAGUCUAUGACAUUCUUCCUUUUGAUAAUCCAGAUGGUGGAGUUUGGAAACAAGGAUUUGACAUCACUUACGAUGAACAUGAGUGGGACGAUGAACCUCUUCAAGUUUUUGUUGUGCCUCACUCACAUAAUGACCCAGGUUGGCUGAAGACAUUUGAUGACUACUUCAGAGAUCAGACACAACACAUUCUCAAUAACAUGGUUAUUAAACUUCAAGAAGACAAAGGAAGGAAAUUUAUGUGGUCUGAAAUCUCUUAUUUUUCAAAGUGGUGGGAUGGAAUAGAUAGUCAGAAGAAGGAUGCUGUGAAAAGGUUAAUAGAAGAUGGCCAGUUUGAAAUAGUAACAGGAGGUUGGGUCAUGCCUGAUGAAGCUUCUCCCCAUUAUUUUGCUUUAAUUGACCAGUUGAUAGAAGGACACCAGUGGCUAGAGAAAGCUCUAGGAGUAAAGCCAAAAUCUGGCUGGGCAAUUGAUCCAUUUGGACAUUCACCAACUAUGGCUUAUCUUCUGAAACGUGCUGGAUUUUCCAAUAUGCUUAUACAGAGAGUUCAUUAUUCAGUUAAAAAACAUCUUGCAGCCCAGAAGGCACUAGAAUUUUCUUGGAGACAGAAUUGGGAUUUGGGAUCUGAUACAGAUAUUCUCUGUCACAUGAUGCCUUUCUAUAGCUAUGACGUUCCUCACACUUGUGGACCAGAUCCUAAAAUCUGCUGCCAGUUUGAUUUUAAACGACUUCCUGGAGGAAGAGUUAGUUGCCCCUGGAGAGUUCCUCCUGAAGCCAUUCAUACUGGAAACAUUCAACACAGGUAAAUGUAUAAAAAUAUCAAUCAACAACAAUAA